ACCGUAAAGUGGGACAUGGGACUUCCUCUUCUAGUAUAUAAAGCUGGAAGGGAGAAGCAGGUGAUUACACAGGAGCACCAAGCAGAGGAUCUAACAGCACUGUUUGGAAGGAAACAACACAAGCUUGGAACCAUGAGAAGCAUCCACUGCUUGGCCGGCGUCCUUUUGGUCCUGGGCUUCGUGCAAGUCAGCUGGCAGGUUCCUCUACUUGGCACUGAGGACAGCUCGAGUUUUGAGGACGACAACAGAUUAGCCAGCGGACCCCAGGAGCUGUCAAACAUCAAGAGACACUCAGAGGGAACGUUUUCCAAUGACUACAGCAAAUACCUGGAGGACAGGAAGGCCCAAGACUUUGUCCGGUGGUUGAUGAGUAACAAGAGGAGCGGCGCCGAUAAGCGCCAUGCAGACGGGACCUUCACCAGCGACGUCAGCUCCUACCUCAAGGACCAAGCAAUCAAAGACUUCGUUGCCCAGCUCAAGUCUGGACAGAUCCAAAGAGAAUCGGAAAUGGACAGCCUGGCUCAAACGAUCAGCAGGAGGCAUGUCGAUGGAAGCUUCACCAGCGAUGUGAACAAGGUGCUGGACUCCAUGGCUGCCAAGGAAUACUUACUGUGGGUCAUGACCUCUAAACCUUCAGGGGAAAGCAACAAACGGCAAGACAAACAAUGAGAGUCUUUUCAGGCCCCACUUAAAGCCAUAUUUCAGAGGAACAGGAAGCCAUACCGCUUUGCAUGUUAAUAUUUUUUACUUUACUUUGAAUGUGUUGCAAAGAUACAAAUAAAUGCUAUUCUUCCACAGACAAAAGGUGCACAAGGGAAGAAAUAAAAUUCAGGGCAUGAAAUUGUCCACAAAUGACAAUUAUUUGCUAUAUUUCUAAGUUGCAAACAAGAACACCAAAAGUUUUGUCUCAGGAAGUCCUAUGGAAAGCACAUGAUUGUCAUAGCAAAUGAAUAUUUUACUCUGCCAAAUAAACCUUGUCAUUUAUUUCA